AUGGUGUUUCACGAUCAAGUAGAUUGGCGAAGUCUCGAGGAUUCGUUAGCACUAGAUGUCCGUCUUAUCGAGUCUUUGGAUGAAAAACGGUUUGCCAAAGUGGAUGUGCUUGUAGCGCUAGAAAAGACAGCGGGGUAUCUCGAGAAGCGUCCGUGGCUGCGUGUUCUUCACACUCGACUCGCCUGCGUGUCAUUUGAGAAGGAAGGAGCGAGUUUACACGACUUCGUUCGGUCUCGUCAACGAGACCGCACAGUGAGUCUACGUGACGUCAGACGUCGACUUGAAGCCAUUUACGCUGAUGCCAAACUCUCGACAGAAGUUGAAGAGAGACACAAGAACUUCGUCGCGCAGGCUCGAGCUGUGUCUCCGUGGUGUGUUCGAAAUCCAAAGUGGCUACAUUCGUCUCCAGCUCGACAGCUCUACGGUGUUCAUAUACUACCCCCACGUCGUGUGACGGAGGAAGAGCUGCAAGCCCAACGUGAGUGUGUGGCGAGCCACGCGCGCGCAGUUGUCAGUGCUGCUGUGGGUGUCGUUAUGGACAAGAUGUUAGCACCUUAUCUAACGCGACCAAAGACAACAGAGAGACGCACCGGCCGACCCGAGCGUGACGAUCAGCUGCGAGCGCUGAGACUGGAACUUCUAGCGCCCACAGCUGAUCUCGUCAAUACUGAAGCCGAAGCUACGAAGAAGAAGAGUAAGGACGAAAUUGCUCGAGUGAUGAUGCAACUAGCGACUGUGGAAGCUCAAGGCGACGCUCGCUUGGCGCGUAAAGUACUUGACCACAGUAUUGUGCAGUCUGGACUGCGUCGUGCGGCUGAACAAGCUAACCGUCUUGGAAUUACAAGGCAACCGUGGGAGGUGCUCAAACUGUGGCGCGAGUUAUAUCGUGAUUCGACGCUACAGGCGCUAGACACAGCACUUCACGCCUAG